AUUUGAGCAGUUAUGGGAUUUUGCGUGAAAAGAGAAGAAAAGAUGCUUAUUUAUGAAUACCUUCCAAAUAGCAGCUUGGAUUAUUAUCUCUUCGAUCCUGUGAAAAGUUUGCAGCUUGACUGGGGAAAGCGUGCUCACAUCAUUGAAGGAAUUAUUCAAGGCCUUUUGUACCUGCAAGAAUACUCAAGGCUAACGAUCAUACAUCCAGAUCUAAAAGCUAGUAACAUUUUACUUGACAAAGAUUUAAAUCCUAAGAUUUCAGACUUUGGCAUGGCAAGAAUAUUCCAAACAGAUGAAUAUGAAGCAAAUACAAGCAAGAUUGUAGGAACAUAUGGAUAUGUCCCUCCGGAGUAUGUAAAACAAGGAGUAUACUCAAGAAAACAUGAUGUUUAUAGCUUUGGAGUGCUGCUGCUACAAAUCAUAAGUGGUAAGAGAAAUAACCAAUUCUAUGGUGCUAAUGAAGGAUACAACCUCUUGGAAUAUGCAAGUAAUUAAGCAGCCAGCUAAGUUAUAUA